GGAUAUUGGAUCCAAAUGUUCUGGAUCCAGGUGUUACCGCGUUUCUAAUUAGACCCGGUGGUUUUAAAGAUUCGUUCGCUUACGAUGUUUCGGAAUAUUCUCCAGCAGUGAUAGAUAUUUCUUUUCCAGUCACUGGAGGUUCUGAAGAUGUCUUUUUGUCUACAAGAGGAGAUGAUAUCAAUUCACGCUAGUUCUUCAGAUAUUUCGAGAUACUUAUCGAAUCAUGGAAUUCCUGAAUUCAUAUCUGACAUUUUCACACAGAAUAUUAUCGAUGGUCUUUCAUUUUGCCUUCUUUGCAAAAAAGAUUUAGACGAAAUGGGGAUUACACAGAUUGGGCUACGCAAGCGUAUAUUAUUUUUGUCAUCUAUAUGGCGAUAUAAAAUCAAACAACAGAGCUCAGGAGAAAAAACUCUACCAUGUGUUUUAGAGUAUAACUGUGCAAUGGAUUUUUUGAAUAAUAAAGUAUCUGAUAAAUCAAAUUCUUCUAAACUGAUGGAUAUUAACAGCUCAGAAUAUAUUGUUGAUAGUUCUUUUUUAAAUGAUACCAAUUAUAAAGUAGUUGAAGAAACAUCAAAUUCGUGGAAACUUCUCAUUAGUGCCUUCUACUUUUUGAUUUCUACAUGUAUUACUUCGUUUGUGAUGGUUUUGGCUCACGAACGUUUACCUGACAUGUCAAAAUAUCCCCCACUUCCAGACUUGUUUCUAGAUAAUCUUCCACAUAUUAGUUGGGGAUUCGCGGCAGCAGAAUGGGUUGGUGUUGUUUUGUCUACAAUUUGGAUAAUUGUACUGAUUUUUCACAAAUACAGAUGUAUUCUUGUGCGUCGUUUUUUUGUACUUACAGGUACAGUGCUCUUGUUGAGAUCAGUUACCAUGAUCAUCACUUCACUCAGUGUUCCAGGUAAACAUUUAGCUGAUCAUUGUAGUCCUUACAUUGUGAAAAAUCAAACUGAACGUCUUAAACGUGUGCUUGACAUUUGGUUAGGUAUGGGUAUGUCCAUCAGUGGUAUACAAACUUGUGGUGAUUAUAUGUUUAGUGGUCAUACCACUUGUCUUACACUUCUCAACUUUUUUAUUACUGAAUAUUCACCUCAAAAUUUACAUAUUUUGCACACAUUCUGCUGGGUUUUAAACAUUUUUGGUGUAUUUUUCAUACUUGCAUGUCAUGAACAUUAUUCCAUUGAUGUAUUUAUUGCCAUUUAUGUUUCGUCUAGGCUAUUUUUAUAUUAUCACUGUUUAGCUAGUAGUAAUAUUCUUCACCGACCGGGUAGAGAACGUGCAAUGGUGUGGUUCCCUUUAUUUUCUUUUAUGGAGUAUGAUGUUAAAACUACUGUGCCUAAUAUCUUUGAAUUCCCAUUCCAGUGUAUAAAAAACAAUAAUAAUAAUAAUAAUAAUAGCAAUAAUAACAAUAACAUUAAUACCAUCUUUGACCUUGACAGUAAUACUAGUACACAUAAUACAUAUGAUAAAAAGUUCAUGGAUAUAAAAAGUAAGCAAACAAUUCACUGCAUAUUACGUAAAAACACUACAUCUCCUUCAACAUUAACUGACCGAAUGCUUCUUACAUUUAGAAAUACUUAUGAAGUUGAAAAUAAAACGAAAUAUAUUACCACUAUUGAUGGUAAUAGUAAUAACACAGAAAAUUCUUAAUCAUUAUUUUUAUUCAUAACAUUUGCUCACUCCCCAUACUUUGUUUUUUAAGAGAGGAAACUGUUUUAAGUUGAAGCUUAUUUUUGAUCAGGUUGUCUUACUGACUUUAACAUACAGACAGAACUUUAUUUGAUAACAAUUUCUUAUUGUCUUAUUUUUCAAAGCUUGUAAUUUUUUGAUAUUUCGAAUCACGAAAUAAGGACAGUGAAAACAGAUUAUUCCUUAUAGAACUGUAUUUUUACACAGUUGCUUUUUUUGUUGAUUUCUUGAAUAUAUUCAAGUUUGUGUGAAUAUAUUCUCUUUGAACUGUGAACGUCUUUCUUUAAUUAUAAACGAGAAACUGACCGAUGCCUUAAAAUCCUAAACUUACCAAGUAUUCAACAUUUGUGUAUUACUAGACACUUAUAAGCUAUUUUGUGUGUUCAUUUAUUUUGUCAUAUACUUUGUAUAUAAAAGAGUUAUUCAUAUGUCUGUUCUGUAAGGGAAGAUUUAUAACUCAUACACUCCAGUGAAAAUGAACAUGACCCUGCAGCACUAAUUAGGUGACAUUAUAAAUCGUUUGUUUUUUUGUACCCUUAAAAAUAAAUUUUUGCAUGUAUAACCGAAAGUUUUCAAAGAGAUAAGGAUUGGUUUAACUCAUUAAAAUAUGUGCUCAAUUUUUUAUCAUGGCCACACCCACCCUAGUAACCAUAUCAUUAGUUGUAAACCAUUUCGAUGUGAGAUUUGAUGAGUUGAAUUCCAUGGAAAUCACUUAGUUGUAUUGAAUGUGGAGUUUUAAAUGAUUAGAAAAUUAUUUGUUCAAAAAAUAUUCUGGAAAUUCUUUCAUUAGUUUUUAAUAUAUUAUUUUUUUUGA